UUGUCAAACAAAAGUGACAACGAACGAAAUAAACAAAUAUUUAUUUAUUUAUAAUUAUAUUCAACCGUAGAUUUGGAUAUGGUUACACCAAAAAUGUCGAAGAAGGGUUUGGAAAAUGUAAAGCCAAUUGUAGGUGAAGCGGUUCCCUAUGAGUGUCCUUUCAGGGAGUUUCGAGAUAAUGAACUGCAAAUAGACACGUGGGGUUUGGGUCCAGCCAGCUUAAGAGCUCACAAUUACGUGGUGAAGGCAGCAGUGAAGCCCUCACAUGAUCAACAGGUCUGGAUUGAUGACCAGACCCAGCCACUGCCACGGUCAGCACACCACUUCCUCCACGGAUGGAUCCGGGCUGAAGAGCUGGCUGAUGAAAGAUGGGGUGCUGAAGUACACGUUUUUGAGGAAAGUGAUGGCAGUAGAAUGGUCGUAUCAGACAUGCAGCUCGGUCACUCCCAAGUACUGUUCAGGUCUUCCUUCUGCAGAGAAGUGCUAUCUGCUUGCUAUAUACUGGAACGAGUGGAAGGCUUAACGAUAGAACACCAGUCGGAGAUGUUUACAUGUACAUUCAGUCAGGAAGGGUGGCGACCGAAGUAUCAUAUUUACUCUCCCGGAAUGAAACCUGGGGGAGGAACGCAGCACAAGCCUGCUUUAUCUAAAAAUGGCUGCUACCUAGUACGUCUCUUCUACCUUGGAACCUGGCGCUGUGUGUGGGUCAGUGACUAUGUUCCAGUGGACUCCAACGGCGCACCCCUGCUACCAUUCUCCCCCCUCAUGACCCAUCCACCAGGUAAACCAGGGUCGAAGCAAGUACCACCUGCUGUGAUCUCCAACGUGGUGUAUUUGUGGCCUUUAUUGAUGACUAAGGCGCUGCUCAAGCUGGCUGCACCCGACAUGCAUACUGAUGACACUGGUUGCGUGGAAGAUGAUCCGCUGAAGGACUUUGACAUCAUGCACGCGUUGACUGGCUGUGUUAAUAUUUCGUAUAAAGUUGGUGGGCCCGAAGACCUCUGGAUACGGAUUAUAACUGAAGUUCCUCAGUUCACUUGGGAUGAUGACGAUGAGACCCAGCCUAGCACCGUCAAAUCCAGGAGCACUAAGAAACCUACUGCCAAGGAUCAAAAUAUUGUUAAGAUAGUAGCAUGCUUAUCGAGGAAGGCUAUAGAUCUACCACUGAAGAAACCUUUGCCAGAACCAGAGGUGGCCCUAUGGAAGUACUAUCGUUGGGUAGACUGGGCUAGAAGACAUGGUCUCUACGCCAUGUAUGACUGCCCUAGGACCAGGUUCCUCAAGGUCAAUGGUCUGAUGAAGCUCUCUUAUGCUCCUCAUCUCUUAGAUGUCCAGAGCACAGAAUCAAUCACACUUGGCUUCAUAGAGGAACACGCAACGGAUGAUGGGAGUGAUGGCAAAAGGAAAAAAGAUAAGAAGACGAAGGAACAGAUACGGACUGCAUUGAAUGCUGCUGCUGCACAGGCGCAACAUAUGAGAGAGGAGCUUAGGGAAUGGAUUCAGUACGCCGAGUUACACAGCCUAGUAAAAGACAUCCACGUUAUGUAUUACCCAUCAUCUUUCAACUUCGCAUCAGCUGGGAGUAAUCCUCCAGUGAGGCUUCCGUCGGCAAAGGCAUCUACCUUUCAAAGAACAUCAGACAUAACGGCUCCAAAAGGAGCUCCUGUGUACUUCCAAUUAGAUGGACCAGAUGUCAAUAAAAUAAGGAUGUCUUUAAGUUCAAUACAUCCCAGGAUCCUAGCCAAUACUGGAUCUCGUAUACCCGAUUAUAUAGAAAAAUCCAACUUCGUCCUAGAAAAAUUUGAAUGGUUCAAAGAUGUUGAGUUACCUAUUCCUACUGGCUUUGUGUGUACUAGGAGAUACCAGUCAGUUGAGAUAGAUUUUCCUCCAGGAAGGCACUUUUUUAGGAUCUGGGUACAUGCUCGAGUACAUUGGAGUUUUAAGGUGAUCAGUGACUCGACAGUACUUCUUGGCUCGAGAGAUAUCAUCCAAGGUGCUGCUGUCCGCGAAUGUCCAUGGGGUGCGAAGUUCCUCCUGAACCUUGGAUCAUCUUUUUCAAAUUGGAUCAAAGUACCCCGUACUAACCCACAUGUGGUAAUUCACGCUGAUAGGGAAUUUUUCAGAUCUUACGCACCUGAUCUGCCCUGGGACGUAGAAGUAGUUGGCUACGAUCCCCAUCUUCGGCACUGGAUGUUCAGGCAAGCACUCCAGUCAUAUUUGCAAAAAUCGCUAAACCAGACAGAAUGGAAAGCAGUAGCCCAUGUCCUGAGGAAAUAUUUCUCUGAUCCCGAUUUCGGUUUUACUGAAAAACCUAAACCGGCGAAAUCUUUAAGAGAGAUUGCCAAUAUGGAUGUUUGCGAUUGCGUGAUGCCUGAGAUUGAGGAGAUUGAAUUUUUCGAAGAACAGCCGUUUGAAGAACUUGACAUGGUAGUUGAAGAUCAAAAACCUUUGGUGGGUUCCGAGAUGAUGGCACAACUGUUGACGGAGCCAAAACCGCCAGUAACAUCUCAAGUCUGUGAAUUGGCGACGGAAGAGCUUCCCUGUGGACUUCUGAAGGAAGAAAGGGAGAAGAUGAUACGGAGACAUGAAGCUGCCACUGUCCUUCAGGCACAUUGGCGAGGUACUUGGGCUAGGAGAUGCUUGAAGUCUAACAUUACUUUUACUCCUGAUGUCACUAAAUAUAUGCAAGAUCAUGCAUUCGGGACAGUAGACACUUUAUCAAUGCUGAUGAACGAAUUCUUCGCUAUGUACCCUGGAGCUAAAUACGCGUACUCCGUAUCCUCAGCUCUUAGUGGAGUAUAUGGGCUGCAGCAGCAUACUGGAUCAACACCAGUGUCUCCUAAAUGCGUGUGGAUCCCAUACUUUCAAGGGGUUUUCUAUUGCCAUGUGCCUGUUAAGGUCCAUUUUGAUGUCCAUAGCAACUUGGCUCACAGUAUACUGGCUGUGUAUGAUAAUGAUUCGUCGAAACAGCUCCCUCAGGCCUACAACUCUCAUAUCACUUUCGAUUUUAAUCCAAAUGUUCUUGGCUACACAGUUGUAGGCCACGGCACACUAAACCGGGCUCCAGGAAUAAACCUGGACGCCCAUUGGCAGCUCACUGUCAUGUCCUGCCUGGACGGAGCGUUCCACGUCUGUGACAACGAGGACCCUUGCAAGGAGCAAGUCAUACCCCACACACAGAAGAUACAUGUCGAUGAAAUGUUCUUUCCAAACCGAAGGAAUAUUUUAGGAGGCAUCCAUUUGUCUGUGACGAAGCAUGAAUCUGUUAGCUUUAGAGCUGCCGCGUCUUCGCCUGAGUUGGAAAUGGUGGCAGUUUUGCGCACUAUAACGCCUGAGGGUAACUCUAUGGAGUUGGCAAAGUGUGAGGGUAAAGGAGAAAUCUACUGGCCCUUCAUCAGGCUGGAUCCACAGAUUGUUCAGAAAAAAUCGUCUGCUUACAUGAGCACACGAGAUCUAAAUGCGACAAGUGCCAGAUCAGUGUUCAGAGGUGGGAAAACUGCUAAAUCCACCGGGGCCAAAUCCAAUCGAUCUGUAUCUAAGAUUAAACCUGUCAUCCAGGAUCCAAAGUUUUAUUCAAUUGAGGUGACAUGCCCAUCAGGAUGGCCAUUGUCACUAGCCCAGUGGAAGCGAGUGGAUGAAGUUAUUAACUCUAUGGAAUUUAAUGUAGAACAUAUACAAAUACAAAAGAAAGCUGUGAAGGAAAAGGAAAAGCCCACAAAAGCAGCGUUAGCAAAAGACAAAGAGAAAGUAAUUAUGCCCCUAAACUACGCAGUGCAUCAGCCUCUACCUGGCGAUGCUUGUGUUGAGCUGGAGUGCGCCGUAGCAGUCGGAGGAGGAGUCAUCGCUAAGAGGGAUGAUGAGAGGGACGUGGAAUUCGCUAAUGCCAGGAAAUCAUGGGAUGCCACUGAACAUGGGAGGAAUGCGAGAGGUGCACAGAUCAGAAAAGAAUUUCGUGAGGAGUUUUUGGAUAUGCCACCCCCGCCGCCGGAGCCUUCAUUAAGUAUAAGGAGCGGCAGCACUUAUAGAAGUUAUAACGACGAUCAAUCCAAGGACGUAUUUGAGGACAUGGAACCUGAAGAAAUAAAGGAUUUUAGAGAAGAUACUCAAGGACAAGGACCCUCGCCAGUAACCGAAAGUGGUAUGUUGGAGAUAUCUUUGGAGGUGGAAGAGGAAUCCAUGUACCUGACGAUGCCGGAGCAGCUCCGGGAUAAAUUCAAACCGCUGCACUUCUUACCUUUCUGCUACAAAGAAAAACUUCCAUAUGAAGCUGUCCUAGUAACUUCAGAUAUGGCAAGAGCAGCAGCAAAAGAUAGACAAGCGCGCUCCGAAGCUGCCAUAGAGCGCAUGAAAGAGCUACAACUCUUCAAUGAAAUACAUGUGCUGGGGAGACAGAGGGAUCGGUGCCAGGCACUGGAGAAACUGUUUGUGGAUGCCACCAUGUGUCCUGAGUUAAUAGAAGUGAUGGAGCAAAGAGAAGACGCUAUGAAAGAAGAAGUACUAGCUAGAACUAUGUCUGCAAACAGGAAGAAAAUGGAAGCUAAGAAGAUGGAAGUAAAGAAGACAGAAGUUAAAAAGACAGAAGGAAAAAAGAAGCAAUGAGAUUAUUUUUGUUUUACAAUUCUUGUUAGACGUAUUUAUCUUUAAUUUUUAAUUGGUUGUUGAUGUAACUGUUUGACAAGGUAGUUCGAUUAGUUUCAAGCCACGUCAGGGGCUCAUAUUCAUGAGUAGCAUAUACAACGUACAGCCAACUGGGCACUCGAAGAAGAUUAUUGUAAGACAAGGUAUUAAAGUUUAUUUAAUUUUGUUUUAAGAUUGG